CUUCACUAAUGCUUGUUUGCCUUUCUGAUUAUACUUCAGUGUAUUCAUUUGUCUCAACGCUGGGGAAUCUUGAAUCUGUGCUUUUGGUUGAUUUAGAGUGCGAAUGUGACUUUGAUCAGCUUAAGGUAGACACACUGUAUACGUUAGAAUUUCUAGCGGACUUUCCUAAAGACAAAAGUAUUUUAGUGCUUAACAGAAUUGACUCCUUUAUUAGUUCAUCAUAUGACCUGCAGGUACGGCUGAAUGGGUUAUAUGGACUGGUGUACAGCGGCGUAACUGUUUAUGCCACAUUGAUCAGAAACAAGUAUAACAAAUACAAUGAAUAUAUUGCUAGAAUGAUAGAUAAAGUAAUAGAAUAUAAGCAGGCAGAAUUAUAGAGUAAUGGCAUGCAAUGUAAUACUCGAACAUUAGGAUAUAUAGGACAAAAAGUGCAAAAACUAUUGUAUAUUUAGGCCAAACUCAACAGA